GAAGACGGACAUGUUGGGUAAACUUCAUCCUUCCAGUCUUUUGAAGCAUGCCGCUCGCUCAAUGCAGCUCCGGGCUCAAUGCAAUCAUGAGGCUUCCCGCACAUCGGAAAGUGUGGAGGACUUCGGCAUGCGCCUAUCCAAGUUGAUAAGGUGCAUUUCCUCCUCAUCCGGGUGUCACUCCACGGUGUGCAGUCCUCCGGCCUGGUGGAAGGCCGGACAUGCCCGGAAACAGCCGGGCAGCCUUGCGGAAGCUGAGCUCCUCUCACACCUGGCCGUGCUUCUGCGGCCGGAGGAGCCGAUCGAAGAGCUCUUCCGGGAUUUUCCUGCAGUACGAAGCGAUGGAUGGAGCAGGAAGACUUUGAGCCCGGAUCUGACGGUGUAUGGUGCUUUGCAGGCCAAAGAAGCGGCCUUGUUCUUGGAGUACGACGGCUAUUAUCGGCACCUGAUGCCUCCUGGCGUUGCUGCCGAUGCUCGCAAGAGUAAGGCACUCUUGGACUUUGCACCGGCCGGAUCGUAUGUCUUGCGCAUAGCCCACAGCCAUCGCGAAUGGGAGCCUUCAUGCGAGAUGGGAGAAGUGGUGGUAGACACGUGGCAGCCGAGCCGUGAAGCAUCCUUGGUGAAGGCACUUCGUCAAGUUGCUUUGUUCUUAUUGAGACAGCGGGGAAAUGCACUGCAGCCUCGUCUAGAAGCAAAGUUGCAGACCUUUGUGGAGAAUCCCAGUGGGAUCUCCCGACAAGCAGCAGUUGAGUUCACGGAGAAAGUAGUAUUGGAGCGUGAGUGCGAGUUCGACCCAGCACCUCUGCAUGAGUUUCUGCAGGCACAACUGAAUCUGUCGUAUUCGGAGGGCGAGGAAUUCAUCAGAAAAUGCCCUGCCCUAGCUCGCUGCAGCAUUGAAGAUCGGCUUCUGCCCAGGAUGCAAUUUCUGGAAGCUUGCGGCCUGAACAAAGUCGAGGUUGCCAAAAUUAUUGUCCGAUCUCCCGCUGUGUUGGGACUCAGCGUCGAAGAGAACUUGAAGCCCAAAGUCCAGUGGCUGCGAGAUUUAGGGCUGACGAAAGCCGAGGUUGCCAAAGCGAUUGCACGACAUCCACAGCUACUGGGACUCAGCCUCGACGAGAACUUGAAGCACACGGUGCACUGGCUUCGAUAUUUGGGACUGACAACAGCUGGUGUUUCCAAAGUGGUUGUUCGGUCUCCCUCAGUGUUGGGACUGAGCAUCGAACAGAACUUGAAGCCCACGGUCCAGUGGCUGCGAGAUGUGGGUUUGACGCAAGCUGAGGUUGCCAAGGUAAUUGCUCGAUUUCCCUCUGUGUUGGGACUCAGCAUCGAAGAGAACUUGAAGCACAUGGUGCACUGGCUUCGAGAUGUGGGACUGACGCAAGCUGAGGUUGCCAAGGUGAUCGCCCGGUUUGCACCAAUGUUGUGGUGCAGCCUCGAAGAGAACUUGAAGCCCACGGCCCAGUGGCUUCGAGACUUGGGACUGACGAAAGCCGAAGUUGCUAAAGUGAUUGCACGACAUCCACAGUUAUUGGGACUCAGCAUCGAAGAUAAUUUGAAGCCCACGGUGCAGUGGCUGCGAGAUGUGGGCCUGACGAAGGCUGAGGUUGCCAAAGUGAUUGCCCGACAUCCACAGAUGUUGGGAUACAGCAUCGACAAGAACUUGAAGCCCACGGUCCAGUGGCUGCGAGAUUUGGGGUUGACGAAAGCUCAGCUUUCCGAAGUGAUUGCCCGACAUCCAUCAGUGUUGGGAUACAGCAUCGACGAGAAUUUGAAGCCCAAGGUCCAGUGGCUGCGAGAGUUGGAGCUGACGAAAGUCCACGUUGCCAAAGUGAUUGCACGACAUCCGUCAGUGUUGGGAUACAGCAUCGAGGAGAACCUGAAGCCCACGGUGCAGUGGCUGCGAGAUUUGGGCCUGACGACAGCCGAGGUUGCCAAAGUGACUGCACGACAUCCGCAGCUAUUGGGACUCAGCCUCGAAGAGAACUUGAAGCAUAAGGUCCUGUGGCUGCGAGGGUUGGGGCUGACGAAAGCUGAUGUUGUCAAAAUACUUUCUGGUUUUCCGCAGAUUUUGUGGCUGAACAUCGAGAGGAGCUUGAAGCCGAAAGUGUCUUGGCUUUUGGAGCAGUUCUCCGCCGAAUGGGUUCACUGCCUUCUCGUUCGCAAUCCCUACAUUCUGAGCCGAAGGCAUCAGCGUUGGGUUAGACGUUCCCAGAUUCUCCGGGAAUGCGGCAAGCUUUCAGUGUUUGGGUCUGCUGUGUUGCUGACGGAUGCCAAAUUUGCCGCGAGGCGGGGCUUCUGUCCAUCCAUGCGCCGGUGCAGGCAUCGGCCCUCCGAUUACACGCAGGUUGAGCCUGUUUGUCCGAAUUUCCUCGGCCAGGAUCUUGGGGCGGGGAAUGGCAUUAGUGCGUCUUUCACAGAGGAUGAAGUUUCGAGCUCCGGCAUGAAUUUCUCCACGAAACGCAAGCUGCCAAGAUCCUUCGGAUGCCUUAUCGUGGGUUUUCUCACUCUCCUUUCUUGUGAGUAUUGCGCCGUGCGGAGCCCUCCGGGCUGGUGGAAAGCCGGACGUGCUCGGAAACGGCUGGGAAGCGUCGCAGAGGCCGAGCUCCUCUCGCACUUGGCAGUUCUUCUGCUGCCGGAGGAGCCGAUUCGCGAACUAUUCCGAGAUUUCCCUGCGGAGCGGAACGAAGGAUGGAGUCGCAAUACUUUGAGCCCGGAUUUGGCGGUGUAUGGUGCCCUGCAGGCACAAGAGGCGGCUUUGUUCUUGGAGUAUGACGGUUAUUGUCGCCACCUUAAGCCUCGUGGCAUCCUUGCUGAUACUCGCAAGAGCCAAGCGCUGCUCGACGCUUCACCUGCCGGAUCGUACGUCUUACGUAUAGCUCAUGCGCAUCGGGGAUUGCAGUGUUCAUGUGAGAUGGGGGAAGUUGUGAUUGAGUCGUGGCAGAUGGGACGGGAGUGCUCAUUGGUCAAGGCACUUCGUCAAAUCGUUGAGUUCCUAUUGACGCUGCAGGGUAGCAAAUUGCAGCCUCGUCUGAAAUCAAGGUUGCAACAGUUUAUGGAUGAUCCCGUCGGCACCUCCCGGGUGGCAGCAGCUGAAUUUACGGACCAAGUAGCAACAGAGCGCGACAGCGACUUCGACCCGGCGCAUCUGCACGAGUUUUUGCAGUUGCAGCUGGGUUUGUCGCCUUCCCAGGCACAGGAACUCGUAAGGAAAUGCCCUGCUCUUGCGGUCUGUAACCUUGAAGACAAGCUCCAGCCCACGGUCCAGUGGCUGCGAGAGUUGGGGCUGACGAAAGUCGAGGUUGCCAAAGUGAUCGCCCGGUUUGCACCAAUGUUGUGGUGCAGCCUCGAAGAGAACUUGAAGCCCACGGCCCAGUGGCUUCGAGACUUGGGACUGACGAAAGCCGAAGUUGCUAAAGUGAUUGCACGACAUCCACAGUUAUUGGGACUCAGCAUCGAAGAUAAUUUGAAGCCCACGGUGCAGUGGCUGCGAGAUGUGGGCCUGUCGAAGGCUGAGAUUGCCAAAGUGAUUGCCCGACAUCCACAGAUGUUGGGAUACAGCAUCGACAAGAACCUGAAGCCCACGGUGCAGUGGCUAUGUGAUUCGGGACUGACAAAAGCCGAGGUUGCUAAAGUGAUUGCGCGACAUCCGUCAGUUGUUGGACUCAGCAUCGAAGAGAAUUUGAAGCUCACGGUGCAGUGGCUGCGAGAUGUGGGCCUGACGAAGGCUGAGGUUGCCAAAGUGAUUGCCCGACAUCCACAGAUGUUGGGAUACAGCAUCGAGGAGAACCUGAAGCCCACGGUGCAGUGGCUGCGAGAGUUGGGGCUGACGAAAGUCGAGGUUGCCAAAGUGAUCGCCCGGUUUGCACCAAUGUUGUGGUGCAGCCUCGAAGAGAACUUGAAGCCCACGGCCCAGUGGCUUCGAAACUUGGGACUGACGAAAGCCGAAGUUGCUAAAGUGAUUGCACGACAUCCACAGUUAUUGGGACUCAGCAUCGAAGAUAAUUUGAAGCCCACGGUGGAGUGGCUUCGAGGUUUGGGACUGACAAAAGCCGAGGUUGCCAAAGUGAUUCGUUGGAAGCCACAGGCGUUGAGUUACAGCAUCGAGGAGAACUUGAAGCCAACGGUGCAGCGGCUGCGAGAUCUGGGCCUGACGAAAGCCGUGCUUGCCAAAGUGGUUGCACGCUUUCCUGGAGUGUUGGGACUCAGCGUCGACGGUAACUUGAAGCCCACGGUGCAGUGGCUGCGAGAUUUGGGGCUGACGAAAGCCGAGGUUGCCAAAGUGGUUGCACGACAUCCGUCAGUGUUGGGGCUCAGCAUCGAGGACAACUUGUGGGCUAUCCUUCUCUCCUUCCGCGGGCGCAGGCCCAUGCAAGAAGCUGCCAUGAUGAGGCCUCCGACCGGCCAUGAGGAAUCAAAGGCGGUGGAGCCGGGAAGCCUGGCAGAGGCCGAGCUGCUGUCGCACCUGGCGGUGCUUUUGCUGCCGGAAGAGCCGAUCGCAGAGCUCUUCCGGAAUUUUCCUGCAGAGAAAAGCGAGACGUGGGGUCGCCACACUUUGAGUCCAGACCUGGCAGUGUAUGGUGCUUUGGAGGCACAGGAAGCGGCUCUGUUCGUGGAGUAUGACGGCUACUACCGCCAUCUGGAGCCUGCAGGCAUUGCAGCCGACAGACGCAAGAACACAGCUCUCCUGGAUUGGGCACCUGCCGGAUCCUACGUGUUGCGCAUAGCCCAUGCCCAUCGUGGACUGGAGCUUUCGUGCGAGAUGGGGGAAGUUGUUGUGGACUCGUGGCAGCCUGGCCAAGACCCAUCGUUGGCGAAGGCACUUCUCCAAGUCGCCGAGUUCUUGUUGAAACAACUGGGAACAGCAAUGCAUCCUGAUCGAAGGGCAAAGCUGCAGCACUUCGUCGAGGAUCCUGGUGGGAGCUCCCGGCAAGCAGCGGUUGAGUUCACGGAGCAAGUAGCUGCAGAGCGCGAGGGUGACUUCGACCCGUCACAUUUGCAUGAAUUGCUGCAAAUGCAGCUAGGAGUGUCCAUUUCCGAAGCGGAGGAACUUGUAGGCAAAUGCCCUGCUCUGGCACACUGUGACAUCGACCACAAACUCAAGCCCGUGAUGCAACAGCUGGCAGCGUGGGGCCUUAAGAAGUCUCAAGUUGCGAAAGUGCUUGCUCGAUUUCCGAAAGUUUUGGGAUACAGCAUCGAAGAUAAUUUGAAGCCCACGGUGCAGUGGUUGCGAGAAUUGGGCCUGACGAAAGCCGCGCUUGCCAAAGUGAUUGCACGGCUUCCGCAAGUAUUGGGAUACAGCAUCGAAGGGAAUUUGAAGCCCACGGUGCAGUGGCUGCGAGAUUUAGGCCUGAAGGAAGUGGAGGUUGCCAAAGUGAUUGCACGAUAUCCGUCAAUGUUGUCACUCAGCAUCGAGGAGAACUUGAAGCCCACGGUCAGAUGGCUGCGAAACCUGGGUUUUACAAAGGCUGAGGUUGCCAGAGUGAUAUCUCACUUUGCGCCGAUUUUGUGGCUCAGCCUCGAGAGAAAUUUAAAGCCGAAGGUGUGCUUGCUCUUGGAGUGGUUCUCGUCUGAGACGGUGCGGCAUUUGCUCGUCCACAAUCCGUACAUGCUCAGCCGAAGCCGAGAGCGCUGGGCUCACCGGGCCCAGGUCCUGCAGGCAUGCGGCAAGCUUUCUGUGUUUGGGUCUGCGAUGAUGUUGACAGAAGCCGAUUUUGCCAAGAGAUACGACAGCAGAUUGCCAGAUCAAACAAGAUCCGCAGGCAUUGUCGAGAUGAGCAAAGCUGGUUUGGAAGUUGUUCAUGUCUGUGGCCUCUGCAUGUGGGUACAAAGGGUGGCAACUUUGCGAGGCAUGCCUUGCUUCUCUGCCUUUGGGGGCGGAGGUGUAGCACUGAGGGGAUGGGGUGCAGGGGUGGAAGGGCUUCUUCUUCUGGAAUGGUAUUGUGGCUGUAGUGGAGGCUUGUACGGUAUCGGCUUUGCUGCAGGAGCAGGAUUCGCACAGCGGCCUCCAACGAACCAGAUGUUGCGGAGAUGUCUCUUCUCCCGCUGCUCGGCCCUGUUCCACCGCGGUUGCUGUGCGGAGCCGAAUCCUCCGAGCUGGUGGAAGGCCGGGCGUCCGCGGCGAAGGCCGGGCAGCCUUGCAGAGGCCGAGCUGCUGUCGCACCUGGCGGUGCUUUUGCUGCCGGAGGAGCCGAUCGCAGAGCUCUUCCGGAAUUUUCCUGUGGAGAAAAGCGAUGGAUGGAGCAGGAACACUUUGAGUCCAGACCUGGCGGUGUAUGGUGCUUUGGAAGCAGAGGAAGCAGCUCUGUUCGUGGAGUAUGACGGCUACUAUCGCCACCUGAAGCCCAUGGGCAUUGCAGCUGACCGUCGCAAGAACACAGCUCUACUGGAUUGGGCACCUGGCGGAUCCUACGUGUUGCGCAUAGCCCAUGCCCAUCGUGGAUUGGAGCUUUCGUGCGAGAUGGGGGAAGUUGUUGUGGACUCGUGGCGGCCUGGCCAUGACCCAUCAUUGGUGAAAGCACUGCGCCAAGUGGUUGAGUUCUUGUUGCAACAACGGGGAAACGCAAUGCAUCCUGAUAGAAGGGCAAAGCUGCAGCACUUCGUCAAGGAUUCUGGUGGGAGCUCCCGGCAAGCAGCGAUUGAGUACACGGAAGAAGUAGCUGCAGAGCGUCACGAGCGUGACUUCGACCCAACACGUCUGCAUGAAUUUCUGCAGAUGCAGCUGGGUGUGUCCAUUUCCAAAGCGGAGGAACUUGUAAUCAAAUGCCCUGCUCUGGCACGCUGUGACAUCGACCACAAACUCAAGCCCGUGACACAAUACCUGGAAAGGUGGGGCCUUGAGAAGUCUCAAGUUGCGAAAGUGCUUGCUCGAUUUCCGAAAGUUUUGGGAUGCAGCAUCAAAGAGAACUUGACUCCCACGGUGGAAUGGCUGCGACAUUUAGGUCUGACAAAAGCUGAGGCUGCCAAAGUGAUUGCACGAUGUCCGCAAGUAUUGGGAUACAGCAUCGAUGAUAAUUUGAAGCCCACGGUCCAGUGGUUGCGAGACUUAGGCCUGAAGGACGUGGAGGUUGCCAAAGUGAUUGCACGAUCUCCUUCAAUGUUGGGACUCAGCAUCGAGGAGAAUUUGAAGCCCACGGUCGAGUGGUUUGGCGAGGUUGGAUUGGUGAGGGCGCAAAUUGUCAGAAUGAUUUCUCGGUAUUCGCAAGUCUUGGGACUCAGCAUCGAAAAGAACUUGAAGCCCACGGUUAGAUGGCUGCGAAACCUGGGUUUGACGAAGGCUGAGGUUGCUAGAGUGGUAUCUCUGUUUGCACCGAUUUUGUGGCUCAGCAUUGAAGAGAACUUGAAGCCCACGGUGCAGUGGCUGCAAGAUCUUGGGCUGACGAAUGCCGAUGUUGCCAAAGUGAUCUCCAGCUGGCCCAAUGGUUUCGGCUACAGCCUCGAGAGAAACUUGAAACCGAAGGUGUGCUUGCUCUUGGAAUGGUUCUCGUCUGAGAGGGUUCAGCAUUUGCUCGUCCACUAUCCGUACAUACUGAACCGAAGUCGGGAGCGCUGGGUUCACCGGUCCCAGGUUCUGCAGGAAUGCGGCAAGCUUUCUGUGUUUGGCUCUGCGAUGAUGUUGACAGAGGCCAAAUUUGCCAAGAGAUACGAGGUGGGCCUUGCUUCUCGCCCUCUGCAGGUGGAGGUGGACCAGCCUUCUCUCCCUCUGCGGGCGGAGGCGCCCAACGGCUUGCUGGCGUUGGUCCUGUUCUCCUGCAGUUUGUGUGCAGUCCGCAGUCCUCCGAGCUGGUGGAAGGCCGGGCGUCCGCGGCGGAGGCCGGGAAGCCUGGCAGAGGCCGAGCUUUUAUCACACCUGGCGGUGCUCUUGCUGCCGGAAGAGCCAAUCGAAGAGCUCUUCCGGGACUUUCCUGCGGAGAAAAGCGAUGGAUGGGGCAGGAACACUUUGAGUCCAGACCUGGCCCUGUAUGGCGUUUUCGAAUCACAGGAAGCGGGGUUGUUCGCGGAGUAUGACGGCUACUACCGCCACCUGAAGCCCGCAGGCAUUGCAGCUGAUAGGCGCAAGACCACAGCUCUACUGGAUUGGGCACCUAACGGAUCCUACGUGUUGCGCAUAGCCCCUGCCCAUCGUGGACUGGAGCUUUCGUGCGAGAUGGGGGAAGUUGUUGUGGACUCGUGGCAGCCUGGCCAAGACCUAUCGUUGGUGAAGGCACUUCUCCAAGUCGCCGAGUUCUUGUUGAGGCAACGGGGAAACGCGAUGCAUCCUGAUCGAAGGGCAAAGCUGCAGAACUUCGUCGAGGAUCCUGGUGGGAGCUCCCGGCAAGCAGCGGUUCAGUUCACAGAAGAAGUAGCUGCAGAGCGAAAGCGUGACUUCGACCCAACACACCUGCACGAUUUUCUGCAGACGCAGCUAGACUUGUUGCCUUCUCAAGCAGUGGAACUUGUAGGAAAGUGCCCUGCUCUAACACGCUGCGACAUCGACGAUAGACUCAAGCCCAUGAUGCAACAGCUGGAAGAAUGGGGCCUGAAGAAGUCUCAAGUUGCGAAAGUGUUUGCGCGAUUUCCGAAUGUUUUAGGAUGCAGCAUCCCAGAGAAUCUGAAGCCCACGGCCCGGUGGCUUCGAGUUUUGGGCCUGACGAAAGCCGAGGUUGCCAAAGUGAUUGCACGAUGUCCGCAAGUAUUGGGAUACAGCAUCGAAGAGAACUUGAAGCGCACGGUCCAGUGGCUACGAGAUUUGGGCCUGACGAAAGCCGCGAUUGUCAAAGUGAUUGCACGAUGUCCGCGAGUAUUGGGAUACAGCAUCGAUGACAAUUUGAAGCCUACGGCGCAGUGGCUGCGAGAUUUGGGCCUGACGAAAGCCGUUCUCCAAGAUUGUGGCAAGCUGUCUGUGUUUGGGUCUGCAGUGAUGCUGACAGAUGCGCAGGCAGCCAGCCAACAGCUAAGUCUUCACGGUUUGGGCACUUUGGUUCUGACGUAG